AUGCCUGCGGGGUCCUGCUUGAUCACCGGUGGCACCGGAUACAUUGGCUCUUUUACAGCCCUAGCCCUGCUCGAAGCGGACUACAAAGUCGUCGUUGUCGAUAACCUCUACAAUUCCUCCCCCGAAGUUCUCAAUCGAAUAGAACUCAUCUGCGGCAAAAAACCCGAUUACUACAAUGUCGACAUUACGGAUGAAAAGGCGCUUGACGAAGUGUUCUCCAAGCAUCCGGAUAUCGACAGCGUCAUUCACUUUGCCGCGUUGAAAGCUGUGGGCGAGUCCGGCGAGAUUCCUCUCGACUACUACCGCGUCAAUGUCUAUGGCACACUUUGCCUUCUCUCUUCCGCCGCCCGACAUAAUGUGACGAAUAUCGUCUACUCGUCCUCCGCUACUGUCUAUGGCGACGCUACCCGCGUCCCGGGCAUGAUACCCAUUCCAGAAGAAUGCCCCCUGGGACCGACCAAUCCUUAUGGCAACACCAAAUUCACUUCCGAGUUGAUGAUCACGGACCACAUCAAUGCCGAGCGCGCAAAGUCCCAAAAGAAAGGCGACUCAGAGGCGGUAAAGAAGUGGAAUGCUGGGCUCUUGCGAUAUUUCAACCCAGCAGGGAGCCAUCCCAGCGGAAUCAUGGGCGAAGAUCCCUCGGGAGUUCCGUACAACCUGCUGCCAUUGCUCGCGCAAGUUGCCACGGGGAAAAGAGAGAAGUUGCUUGUGUUUGGCGACGAUUACGCAUCGCAUGACGGCACUGCCAUUCGCGAUUACAUCCACAUCCUCGACCUGGCUGCAGGCCACUUAAAAGCGCUGGAUUACCUGCGCGCACAUCAGCCAGGUGUACGAGCCUGGAAUCUCGGGACUGGGCGCGGUUCCACUGUGUUUGAGAUGAUAAAGGCAUUCAGCAAAGCCGUAGGUCGCGACCUACCUUACCAAGUGGUCGACCGAAGACCCGGUGACGUUCUAGACUUGACGAGUAAUCCGACGCGGGCAAAUCAAGAGCUUGGUUGGAAGGCUACCAGGACGAUGGAAGAUGCCUGUGCCGAUCUAUGGCGUUGGACCGAGAAUAACCCAGAGGGAUAUAGACAGAAACCACCGCAGAAGUUUCUGGACGCCUUGAAGAAGAACAACUGA